AUGUCAUUUACCUUUGACCAAUUUGAAGCCUUGUUGGAGAAACAAGAAAAACGUUGCGAACAGUUCCAGAUUCGUAUUCUAGAAGCUCUAACCCAGCAAAUGAACGUAAAUCAGAAUGGGCUUACAGAUGAUCCUUCCAAAUCUCAUGUUGACCACAUCAUUAAUUCUGUCCAUGAAUUUCAUUUUGAUGGUUUGACUGGUGUUACAUUUGAAUCGCAGUUCAUCAAAUACGAAGAUGUAUUCAAGGUCAACCUAGAAAAAUUUGAUGAUGUCGCGAAGGUCGGAGUAAUGUUACGCAAACUUGGCACAGGUGAACAUGAACGCUACACCAACUUUAUUCUUCCCAAGAACCCCAGAUACCUUUCAUUUGAUGCAACGGUUGUAACGUUGUCGCAAAUAUUUGGUAAACAAUCAUCUUUGUUCAAUAUUCGUUACGAAUAUCUGAAGUUGGCUAAAGCUGGAAUUGAUGACUGGGUGCAACAUGCUAGUGUAGUGAACAAAAACACUAGUGGGGACAAUCGAAUGUACUUAACACAAAAUUACAGGAUUUGUUAAUAAAAUCUAACAAUCAUAAA